CCCUCCCUUCCUGGACACCCCCGGUCCAUUCUCCCACCAGUCCCACGUCAUUUUCCCUCCUCCCUCGCUGACCGAGGAGCAAGGUUUACGAGGGAUUAAUUCGACCAGCAAGACAUCAAAUUAAAACGCUGAGGGAAAAUGUCUUGCAGCGAGGAUGAGAGGGAAGACUUCGGAGCCGCCGACGAGCACUCACUUGUCCCCGACGAGGACGAGCCGGAGGAUGCUGUCUCUGACGUAGACGAGGUACCCAAGUCGAAGAAGAAGAAGAAAGCCAAGAAGAGCAGCAGAGAGAGCAGGAGCAGCAAAAGGCAGAGACCCAUCCGAGAGGAAUUGCCAGUCAGCUCCCCAGAGCACCUGAUUGAAAUGGAGGUGGCAGAGAGGGAUUUGGAUGAGGGGGUUAUGCGGUCAGAGAGUGAAGGAAGUGAUUAUGCCCCUGGCAGAAAAAAGAAAAAACGCUCCAACUCAGCUAAAGACAAAAAGAAAGGAGGUGGGGCAGGAGGCGAGAAAGGAGGCUCAAAGAGCAAACGUAAAGAUCCAGAACCAGACAAUGAUGAUGACGAUAUUGAUGAUUGCCAGCCUAAAAGCUCCACCCAGCUGCUGGAAGCCUGGGGCAUGAAAGACAUUGACCACGUCUUUACACAGGAAGACUACAGCUCCCUCACAAACUACAAGGCUUUCAGCCAGUUUGUCAGGCCUUUAAUCGCAGCGAAGAACCCUAAAAUUCCUGUGUCCAAGAUGAUGACUUUAAUGAUGGCAAAGUGGCGAGAAUUCAGCACAAAUAACCCACUCAAGGGUUGUGCCACUGCUAAUGCAGCCCUGGCGGCUGCCAAUGUGGCUGCAGUUGUGGAGAGCAUGGUCGUUUCAGGGAACGAUGGAGGAGCAGAGACUGGCCCUACCGCAUCCCCUGCAUCUACCCCUGCUGCUCCUGCUUCUGCUCCUGCUUCUGCUCCUGCUCCUGUACCUGUUGCACCUCCAGCAGCUCCAGCACCUCCUCUACGCAAAGCUAAAACCAAAGAGGGAAAAGGCCCAAAUGCUCGUAAAAGGUCGAAGCCUGCACCUAAGCCUCCUCCUAAACAGAAACCUAAGAAGGUGGCUCCACUCAAAAUUAAACUAGGAGGCCUCAACAGCAAGAGAAAGCGCUCGUCUAGUGAUGAAGAUGAACCUGACGUUGACAGCGACUUUGAUGAUGGGAGUUUCUCGGUGUCUGAUAGCUCCAACCGCAGCAGCCGUCUUAAGAAGAAGUCCAAGAGUGCCAAAAAGAAGAAGAAAGUAGAGACUGAAGAUGGUGAUGGGUAUGAGACAGACCACCAGGACUACUGCGAAGUGUGCCAGCAGGGAGGGGAGAUCAUUUUGUGUGACACCUGCCCUAGAGCUUAUCACAUGGUUUGUUUGGACCCUGAUAUGGAGAAAGCACCUGAAGGCAAAUGGAGCUGUCCACAUUGUGAGAAGGAGGGGAUCCAGUGGGAGGCCAGGGAUGAUCUGUCUGAGGCUGAGGGAGAGGACGACGAUGACAGGAGAGAUGAGGGAAUGGAGGAGGAAGACGACCACCACAUUGAGUUUUGCCGUGUAUGUAAGGAUGGUGGAGAGCUGCUCUGCUGUGACACUUGCCCCUCCUCCUACCACAUCCACUGCCUUAACCCACCUCUCCCGGAGAUCCCCAACGGAGAGUGGAUCUGCCCCCGCUGCAAGUGUCUGCCAAUGAAAGGAAAAGUGCAGAAGGUUUUGACAUGGCGUUGGGGGGAUCCUCCACCCCCCAUGCCUGUCCCUCGGCCUGCUGACCUGCCUGCUGAAGCUCCUGAUCCCCCUCCUAUGGUGGGCCGCAGGGAGAGGGAGUUCUUUGUCAAAUGGUGCAAUAUGUCCUACUGGCAUUGCUCCUGGGUGCAGGAGUUACAGUUGGAGCUGAACUGCCAGGUGAUGUUUCGUAACUACCAGAGGAAGACAGACAUGGAUGAACCGCCACCUGUAGACUUUGGAGGUGAGGGUGAUGAUGAUAAGAGCACCAAGAGGAAGAACAAAGAUCCUCUUUUUGCCCACAUGGAAGACGAGUUUUGCCGCUUCGGAAUUAAGUUUGAAUGGUUGAUGAUCCACCGCGUACUUAACCACAGUGUUGAUAAGAAGAACAACGUUCAUUACCUAAUCAAAUGGCGAGAUCUACCGUAUGACCAGUCAACCUGGGAAAGUGAAGACAUUGACAUUCCUGAAUAUGAUACAUACAAACAGAUAUACUGGAAUCACAGAGAGCUGAUGAUGGGUGAGGAGGGGAGACCUGGCAAGAAGCUUAAAAAACCUGUUAAAGUGAAAAAGGCAGAACGGCCACCAGCUAAUCCGGUUGUAGAUCCCACUAUAAAGUUUGAUCGACAGCCUGACUACCUGGACAGUACAGGAGGCACCCUGCAUCCCUACCAGCUGGAGGGGCUGAACUGGUUGAGGUUUUCUUGGGCUCAGGCCACUGACACGAUCCUAGCUGAUGAGAUGGGUUUAGGCAAGACUGUUCAGACGGCCGUCUUCCUGUACUCGUUGUAUAAGGAGGGUCACUCCAAAGGUCCAUUCCUGGUCAGUGCUCCCCUCUCCACCAUCAUUAAUUGGGAGAGAGAAUUUGAGAUGUGGGCCCCUGACAUAUACGUGGUUACGUAUGUUGGGGACAAAGACAGCAGGGCUGUCAUCAGAGAAAAUGAGUUCUCCUUUGAGGGAAAUGCCAUCAGAGGAGGGAAAAAGGCCUCUAAGAUGAAGAAAGACUCAACAAUCAAGUUCCACGUUCUGUUGACAUCCUAUGAGUUGAUUACCAUUGAUCAGGCUGUGCUGGGCUCCAUCGAAUGGGCUUGUCUGGUUGUUGACGAGGCACACAGACUCAAGAACAACCAGUCAAAGUUCUUCAGAGUGUUAAACAACUAUUCACUGCAACACAAACUUCUGCUGACUGGAACGCCUCUUCAAAACAACUUGGAGGAGCUUUUCCACUUGCUGAACUUCUUGACCCCAGAGAGAUUCAAUAACCUCGAAGGGUUUCUGGAGGAGUUCGCAGACAUUGCCAAAGAGGACCAAAUCAAGAAACUCCAUGACAUGUUGGGACCACACAUGCUCAGGAGGCUGAAGGCUGAUGUGUUCAAACACAUGCCUUCUAAAACAGAACUCAUUGUUCGAGUGGAGCUGAGCCCCAUGCAAAAAAAAUACUACAAAUUUAUUUUAACUCGUAACUUUGAGGCCCUAAACACUCGAGGAGGUGGAAACCAAGUGUCGCUGCUAAACGUUGUGAUGGACCUUAAAAAGUGCUGCAAUCACCCAUACCUCUUUCCAGCAGCUGCUACAGAGGCUGCAAAACUUCCAAAUGGCAUGUACGAGGGCGCUGCCCUGACCAAAGCUUCAGGGAAGCUGAUGCUGCUCCAGAAAAUGAUGAAGAGGUUGAAGGAGGGAGGCCACAGGGUUCUGGUUUUCUCCCAAAUGACCAAAAUGCUCGACCUUCUAGAGGACUUUUUGGAGAAUGAGGGAUACAAAUAUGAGAGGAUUGAUGGAGGAGUCACUGGUAACAUGAGGCAGGAGGCCAUUGAUCGCUUUAACGCUCCUGGUGCUCAGCAGUUUGCUUUCCUCCUCUCUACCAGAGCUGGUGGUUUGGGAAUUAAUCUUGCUUCUGCUGACACAGUUAUUAUCUACGACUCUGACUGGAACCCUCACAAUGACAUCCAGGCGUUCAGCAGAGCUCAUCGUAUUGGCCAGAACAGGAAAGUGAUGAUCUAUCGCUUUGUUACCAAAGCUUCUGUCGAGGAGAGGAUCACACAGGUAGCAAAGAAGAAGAUGAUGCUCACUCACCUUGUAGUGCGACCUGGCCUCGGCUCUAAGACUGGAUCCAUGUCAAAGCAGGAACUUGACGACAUCCUCAAGUUUGGAACUGAAGAACUGUUCAAGGAUGAAGUUGGAGAAGGUGACAACAAAGAGGAUGACAGCAGUGUGAUCCACUACGAUGAUCACGCAAUUGAUCGCUUGCUUGACAGGAACCAGGAUGCCACAGAGGACACUGAGCUCCAGAGUAUGAACGAAUACCUCAGCUCCUUUAAAGUGGCCCAGUAUGUGGUCAAAGAUGAGGACGAUGAGGAGGAGGAGGUAGAAAGAGAGGUGAUCAAGCAGGAGGAGAGCGUUGACCCAGACUACUGGGAGAAGCUGCUUCGGCACCAUUACGAGCAGCAACAAGAAGACCUCGCUCGAAAUCUGGGCAAAGGCAAAAGAACUCGAAAGCCAGUCAAUUACAAUGACGGCUCCCAGGAGGACCGAGGUAUAAGACAGGAUUGGCAGGAGGAUCAGUCAGAUAACCAGUCUGAUUACUCGGUGGCCUCAGAAGAAGGAGACGAGGACUUUGAUGAGCGUUCUGAAGCUAAUGCUCGCAGACCUAAUCGCAAAGGGCUGAGGAAUGACAGGGACAAACCUCUGCCUCCGCUUCUCGCCAGGGUCGGGGGGAACAUUGAGGUGUUGGGCUUCAAUGCUCGGCAGAGGAAGGCCUUCCUGAAUGCAGUUAUGCGUUACGGGAUGCCACCACAAGAUGCUUUCACCAACCAGUGGCUGGUCAGGGAUCUGCGAGGGAAAUCUGAGAAAGAAUUCAAGGCCUAUGUGUCUCUGUUUAUGCGUCACCUUUGUGAGCCAGGAGCUGAUGGAGCUGAGACUUUUGCAGAUGGCGUCCCACGUGAGGGUCUGUCGAGGCAACACGUGCUUACUCGCAUUGGUGUGAUGUCAUUGAUAAGGAAAAAGGUGCAGGAGUUUGAACAUGUGAAUGGUCAGUGGUCGAUGCCCUGGAUGGCAGAGCUGGAGGAGAACAAAAGAGCUGCAGCUUUGGCUGCAGGUGAAGACCUAAAAACUCCUUCGAGCGGGACCCCUGCAGACACCCAGCCCAAUACACCUGUCCCAGAUGAUUUCUCUAAAUCAGACGAUAAAGAUGACGUGAAAAAAGAGGGGGACGAUGGCAAAAUUAAAAAAGGAGAUGACUCUGAGAUUAUUGAAAUCCCAGACGAGUCUGAAAAAUCCCCCAUUCGUGAAAAGAAAGAAGAUGGUGCUGCAGAGAAGGAGGAGAAAGAAGAAGGAGAUGCAGGGAAGGACAAGGAGGCUGAAGACGUGAGCAGAGAGAAGGAAAAGUUCAAGUCUUCAGCUGCAGCUGAGAGGGAUCCUUCUGCGAACAACAAGGGUGAAAGUUCAGAGGGCAAGAUGGACUCGGAAGAGGACAAGAUUAGAGCCGAGGAUGGCAAAGAUGAGAAGAUGGACUCGUUACAAACAGAAGAGAAAAAAGAACAAAAAGAGGAGAAGGAUGGUGUAAAAACAGACGAGCCUGGACAACUGCAGAACGGAGAAAACGCCAAAGAAGGAGGGACGGCUGCGUCCGCGAUCAACAUCAGCGAAGAGAAGAAGAAAGCCACCAAGCAGAGGUUCAUGUUCAACAUCGCUGAUGGUGGAUUCACAGAGCUUCACUCCCUGUGGCAGAACGAAGAGAGGGCCGCCACCGUCACUAAGAAGACCUACGAGAUUUGGCACCGUCGCCAUGACUACUGGCUGUUGGCUGGAAUCAUACAACAUGGUUAUGCUCGAUGGCAGGACGUGCAGAACGAUGUGAGGUUUGCCAUCAUCAACGAGCCCUUCAAAGGAGAGAUGAGCAGAGGAAACUUCCUGGAGAUCAAGAACAAGUUUCUGGCUCGCAGGUUCAAGUUGCUGGAGCAGGCGUUGGUGAUCGAAGAGCAAUUACGCAGGGCGGCCUACCUGAACAUGACAGAAGAUCCGGCUCACCCCUCCAUGGCUCUCAACACUCGCUUCAGUGAGGUAGAGUGUCUCGCUGAGUCUCAUCAGCACCUCAGCAAGGAGUCAAUGUCUGGAAACAAGCCUGCCAAUGCAGUGCUUCAUAAAGUUCUCAAACAGCUUGAGGAACUACUGAGUGACAUGAAGGCCGACGUCACUCGACUUCCAGCAACCAUCGCCAGGAUCCCCCCCGUGGCCGUGCGCCUGCAGAUGUCUGAGAGGAACAUCCUCAGCCGACUGGCGAGCCGGGGCCCCGACUUGGGGGCCCAGAACCCGUCGCAAACCUCACAGCAAAUGCAGGUGCAACGCUGAUCGGUCACAUCGCACCUGUCACGUUCACUGACCGGAGCUGAAAACUCUCACCUCACCGCCAUGUAGCAGAUGUCCUCCCCUUCAAAUGCCAUGUACAGAACAGUCAGGUUAGUUAUCCUCACUCUGUGCCGAAAACACACCUCCAGACUCGAAAGCUGCUUGACGCGGUUUUGAAAAAGCAGGCUGGACUGAAGAUGAAUGGAGGGUAAAAAGAAGAGCCACUUGUCUCUCUGCAGACUAAAAUAAAACAAACACUUCUCCUUCUGGGAUCAGAUUCAACUCUAGUCCUGAACACUGAACUGUAGACAGCUCCUUUUAUCUGUCCUGGCUGCAGGGUCAAACGUGUAACAUAUGUAUUAUUAAAUAGAGGAGGGUGGACCGGGGCAAAAGCAGCAUGUUUGAAGAUUCUCGGUGCUUUGUAUUAACUUUUAGAUCAUUGACGAAUUUGAAGGAUUUUACUGUGUUGUCACCUUUAGGAACUCGUGAAACCACAGUUUUCUUAGAAGUCAUUUAGCAGAGAUGUCGUCACGAUGCGUUACUGGUCUGUGUGUUUAAAAAGAAAAGUUUGUGUUUCAUGUAUAUGUAAUAAACGGGGCAUAAUAAUGUGCAUCUCUACUGCAGGAUGCCCCGCCGCUGAGAGACUGUUACUGUUGUCACAUCAGUCUGUCAGAUCUGUUACCGCUUCUCGUCUUUGUCCUGCCUCCUACUCCAUCAGUCAAGCUGAUCUGGGAUCAGCUUUCUGUUCUCACACACUAGUUGCCCCUCAAAUUCAUUCAACUGAGAAGUUUCCUAAAAUGUCUGAAAGAAAAACAGCUUUUUGGUACAUGUGACAAGUUUUUGAGAAUGAUGGCAGUCUUUAAGUUUAUUUAAUUUUCUUCCUGUCGAGUUGUUAUUUUCAUUUACGUUAUAAAAUUAG